ACAUAUUAUGAAAUUCUUCAUCGUGCUCGCAUUCGGCGCAGCCGCGUCCGCGGUCCCAGCCUCACGUUUCAUCCAGGUUGGCCCAGCUAUUGUUGCGCCAGAACAAGGUAUUGAAGUCGGACCCGCUAUUGUGCAACCAGAUGGAAUUCAAGUUGGACCUGCUAUUGUCCAACCCGACCAAAUUCAAGUCGGACCCGCUAUUGUCCAACCAGACGGAAUUCAAGUAGGACCCGCAUUUGUCAAACCAGAAGAUAUCAGUGUUGGACCCGCACUUGUCAAACCAGAAGACAUCAGUGUUGGACCCGCAGUUGUCAAACCAGAAGACAUCAGUGUUGGACCCGCAGUUGUCAAACCAGACGAAAUCCAAGUGGGACCCGCAAUUGUCAAACCAGACGAAAUCCAAGUUGGACCCGCAGUUGUCAAACCAGACGAAAUCCAAGUUGGACCCGCACUUGUCAAGCCAGAAGACAUCAGUGUUGGACCCGCACUUGUCAAACCAGAAGACAUCAGUGUUGGACCCGCAGUUGUCAAACCAGACGAAAUCCAAGUUGGACCCGCAAUUGUCAAACCAGACGAAAUCCAAGUUGGACCCGCUGUUGAGCCAGAAUAUGAAGGAAUCAACAUCGGACCAGCCUUCGUUGUACCUGGAACGCCCGUUGGACCCGCUGGUCUUCCUUUCGGACUUAAAACUCCCCUAGUCCAGGUCAUCGUAAACGUUGACUCUAGCUCUGACUCCGUCACCGUCGAACAAUUGGAACCAACCCCUGGAGCUAUCGAAGAUGUUGAAAUCAUCAAGCCAGACCCAGUUUCAGUCGUUGAGGGAUUCGAAGCUGAGCCCAUCAGCAUUGCUGACCCCAUCUUUCCUGACGUUGCUGCCAACCUCCCUGAACAACUCAACUAAACAUAUAUUAAACCAUAUCAUCAAAUACCUGUAUAAUUUAGUUUAAAACCAGUAAUAUGGAAUUACUGAAACGGUUGCUUUGAAAUAUAAAUGUUUAUUACUAUAA